GGGAAACGAAGAAAUAAACACACUUGCCAUGAAGUGCAAGUAUCUGUUUUUGCAAAAGUAAAAGAAAUCUUCUUUGACAGGGGCCUGUACCAGGAAAGUUCUUUCAGUGUGAUAAACUCCUUUUUGAAUGGGUAUGCAUGAAAAAGAAAAUUAAUGGAAAGAAACCAGGGCUUCUGUACAGCUUAUUCUUCAGAAAAUGUUUAGGGUGGGGUCUCUAAAAUCCUACAACUGUGAGCAAUGUGGGAAUGAUUUUGUCAGUCGCACUGCCUUGAGGUAUCAUUUCCGAGCAAAACAUCUUGGAAAAGUUCACUGUGAAAAAUGUGGUAGGGAAGUUUUGAGAAAAACACUUCAGGACCAUGAAGCGGCCAACCAUGAAAGGAUAACUGCUGAAAAACAAGGGUGUUUCUGGGACAUGCCUCCAAAGAGGGAAGCAAAAUUUGUGGCCAUGGAAAUGUCUACCUCCUGUAGGAUGUGCCCCAGGCAAUUUGGAACAAUCCACAGCAGGGAACACCAUGAGAAACAAGAUCAUCACUUCACAGCCAGCAAAAGAGCUCAAAUGGCCACUGGAUUGUCACCUGGUAAUAUCUUGGAUUAUAAAAAUCCAACAGAACUAAAGAGAUUUGUAGAAGAAAAGCUUCGACCCAUUCCAGGCCCUGCAAGCAUUGCCUGUGCAACAGAAAUAGAGGCAGUUAUUAAUUUGCUCAAGGAAUGCUUUCCAUUACCAGUAGCUCGGCUCAUCAAGGGAGGCUCAUAUAUAAAAGGAACUGAUACACAAGGUUGUUCUGAUGUUGAUAUAGUGCUAUUUAGUGAAGCCUUUGAAAAUCUAGAAGACUGCAAAAAGAAACUGCCAGAAGUUAUAAAUGAUCUUGGAAAAAGACUGAAGAAAUCUUCAUGGGCCAGCAGGAUAAUGAUGGAGAAAAGAACCCAUUUAUCCUUACGGUUUCAUUUCAAGUGCUAUAAGAAUCACCAUGGUCACUCAUUUGAUAUCAUGCCUUGCUAUGACAUGCUGGGGCCUGCACCAUCAAGAGGUUUAAAACAGAGCUUUUACCACAAGAUCUAUCUCUGUAAUGACACUGAUGAAAUCCAGCUGUACUCAAUGUCCUUGCUGCAGUACCAGGUUGAGUUUAUCAAGGCAUCUACCAUGGCAGUGAAGGACCUGAUUCGUUUGGUUAAGCACUGGUUCAGGACUUCAUCUGCUAAACCAACAGCACAAAAUAAGUUUCGCAGGCUUCCUUCUUCCUAUGCUGUAGAGCUCAUCACAAUCUCCAUCUGGCAGCUGGCAGGGAAGCCAGUCUUUUUCAGUCUGGUUCAGGGAAUGAGAGCUAUCCUGAAGCUUCUGGUUAGAUACCCAGAAAUGUGCAUUGUUUGGCACAAACACUACAGCCCAAACUCUACAAUUUUCAAAAAGGUGAUCCAGAAGAAAACCAGGCCAUUUGUUUUGGAUCCUGCAAACCCAACAUUUAAUGUGUGUGAGAACAGCAAUGCUUGGGAUGAAGUGGCUCAUGUGGCGAGACGGAGCCUCCUUAAGCCUCUUUUUAAUGGUGUGCAAGCAAAGGAGCCCUGGCUUUUUACAAAUGGCUGGUAAAAAACCAACCAGGCUAACGCUUUCUCUGAAGUCCUGUCAAAUAGGUUUGCCAAGGCAUAUGAGACAAGUCUGCCACGAGGAAUAUUCCACUAUAAAGAAAUGUAAAUAAAAAACAGUGGAGUGUGUGUUGUUUUCUCUCUAAUCUACUUAACAAUUCUUUGUCAUUACUUCUGAAUGAACCAGACACAAUCCACUCGAGUCACAGGAUUAAAUCGUCUGCUACAUUUUUAUCCCUGUGUGAGGGACAAAGCUGAAAGAGAUGCUUCCUUAUAUUUGUAAAGAGUUCAAGCACCAGACCAAAGAGGGCAACAUUUCAUAGCUCCUACAACUUCCUUCCUUCACAGCUCACUAGGGAAGCACUGGAAUUCCAUAAAACUUUUGAGCAUUGUUUACUUUAAAAAGGCCCAUAUAAAGAACUCACUUCUUACACAGUAAGAUGACUAUAACUCCAUAACAUCUGGCAAAUCACUAGGUUGCAAUAGAUAAAUGCUGGAAGGCUCUACACUAGGCUGUCUCACAAUACAUCGUUUAUUUCCAGAAAUUAUGGCUGAUAUAUCUUCUGAGUAUAAGAUGAAGGGGAGGUUGGAAAGAUAAUGAAGAGUGGAGAUAAUUUAUGUAUCCAGACUCUACCCAUUGUAUGGUCUACGGAGGCCCUAACCAUUUUAGUCUGUAAUGACAGACUUUUAUAUACAGUUGCAACAUAAGUAAUUGGGGCUACAGCACAGAGACCCCACCUGAAGGGGAGUUGGAAAGACUGCAUUAUUUGCUGGAAUGAUGGUUUUGCAGUGGUGGCUACUAACAACAGGAGAAACAGCAUGGAAUAUUGGCCCUGAUCCUACAAGGUGCUUGAGCAUCAUCAGCACCUCCCAGGGGUCAGGCUAGUGGUGAGGAAGAAACACAACUGAAACAGAACAGGAGGGAAAUAGAAGUGGGAAAGUAGUCAGCAUAAAAAAAUUUUUUUUUUCUUGAGUAGCAUGCUGUGUUAGUCUUAAGGUAGUUUAUAUGGUUAAAUUACUUCACACUAGCACAGCAGAUCAUCUGGGAUCCAGGAUUUGGUGUCUAGUAAUUUUUAAUUUGGCUUUACUUUGAUUCAUCUAUGGGCAGAUAACAGCUCACAUAAUUGAAAGAAAGGUAUGAAAAGUUAAAUUGUGUUGAAAAAAAUGGUCAAAUUAUUAGUCCAUUUUAAGUGUCCAGUAGGACUGUUUAUUUCUUCAUCCAAAUAAACAAAUAUAAAAAUCAAGUUAUUCCAAUACUUUACCAUUUACAAGCAGUUGUUUAAAUACUUUUUGAUGCUGAAAUUAUACCUUGAUAGAUAGGGACCAAAUAGGUAGAUAAACAAUUGUUGUCAAAUGCAAAAUAGAGCAUGUACUGUUUACUGAUGCUGUAUAAAAUGUAUCGUGCUCCACGAAUCAUUGUUUUGAAAAGAUCCUCAAUGAAAGCUAUUUUUUCCAAAGUGGUCCAAGCAAACUAUUAGAUGUUAGUGCUUUGUUAAUUACAGUUGAAUUUGUU